GCGCCCCCCCGCGCCAGCUCGAAGGCUUACUUUGGUCCCACCUCCUUUCCUCUUGCUCCUUCGAAUCCCUUCCCCCUCCGCCGUUUCCGGAUAGGAACGCUUUGUAAAUUCUUUCCAAGUUGAAGCGUGGGACCAAUUUCGUCAACACAAUCCGGAAUGGUCAACAUGGCGGCGGCUGUAAGGUGCCUCGGUAGAGUCUUGAUACAUCAGCAAAGGCGUAGUCUUUCCAAGAUGGCUUCUCAAACGUCUCUUUAUCCUUGUUCUGUGUACGUUCUGGUGCCCAACAGACAUUUUGCUGCUGCUACAAGGCCUGCAAAGAAAACAAAAAAAGGUGCCAAAGAAAAAGCAUCGGAUGAGAAAAAAGAUGAGAUAGAAAAAAUAAAGUCAUAUCCCUUUAUGGAAGGUGAACCUGAAGAUGAUGUCUACCUAAAACGCUUAUAUCCAAGGCAGAUAUACGAGGUGGAGAAAGCUAUUCACUUACUUAAGAAAUUUCAAGUUCUGGACUUUACUAAUCCAAAGCAAGGUGUCUAUCUUGAUUUGACACUGGAUAUGACACUGGGGAAGAAGAAAAAAGUGGAGCCGUUUGCCAGUGUUCUUAGUUUGCCAUACCCAUUUGUUUCAGAGACCAGUAAAGUUGCUGUAUUUACAGGGAAUGCAUCAGAGAUAAAAAUAGCAGAAGAAAAUGGAGCUGCAUUUGCAGGAGGAACUAAUCUGAUUCAGAAGAUUUUGGAUGAUGAAAUUCAACCAGACUUUUACGUAGCUGUUCCAGAAAUAAUGCCGGAGCUUAAUCCAUUAAGGAAGAAACUGAAAAAAAGAUUUCCUAAGCUUACUCGAAAUUCCAUUGGCCGAGACAUCCCCAAAAUGCUUGAAUUAUUUAAAACUGGACAUGAAAUUAAGGUAGAUGAAGAAAGGGAGAACUUUCUGGAGACCAAAAUAGGAACACUGGAUAUGUCAAGUGACCAGAUAGCUGCCAAUCUGCAAGCAAUUAUCAGUGAAGUUUGUAGGCAAAGACCGCUGAAUUUGGGACCCUUUGUGGUACGUGCUUUCCUUCGAAGUUCAACAAGUGAAGAGAAAGAGAGACAGAGAAACAGAGGGAACAUGUACACACAUGAUGUUAUAUAAAGGCAAUAAGUGUACCAAGGAAGACAAAGAAAUGAAUUUUGAUGACCUGAAUUACAAGAACUGUUAAAGGAAGUCCUUCUAGAGGAAGAAAACUGAUACCAGUAUAAACCCAGUUCCAUACAAAUGAAUGAAGAAUGCCAGAAAUGGAAAAUUUGUGGGAAACUAUGAAAAAUGCUUUUCUGAUUUUUAUCCUUUCUUUUAAAAAAAUUACCUUUUAAAAGCAAAUGUAAUAACAGUGUAUGGUGGGGUUUAUAACAGUUUGAAGUAAAAUGUAGGAAAAUAGCACAAAGGUUGGCAUGGUAUAUACUUAUACUUGGCUUAUUUCAGUUGUGUGCAGCUUUCUGUGUUCAUCUAGUAUUUUUAGUGGCGAAAUCACAUGUAAAAUCAAAAGUCAAUUUAAUACUAAAAAUUUUUUUUAUCGUGUUAAAACAAGUUUGCAUUUUUGAAAACAUUGUAGUAGAACUGAUUGUAUAGUUCACCUAGUAUGACAAAAGUUUGCACCCAUGUUACCAUGGUGAAAAUCAAGAUACAGAAAAUUUCCAUCACCCCCAAAAGUUUACUUAUACACUUUGUACUGAUUCUUGCCUUCAACUCCAAGCAACAGUAGAUUUGUGUUCUGUCACUAUAGUUUUGCUUGCUGUAGAAUUUCAUAUGGACGGAUCAUACACUGUUAUAUAUAUGUUUUAAUAUUUUAAAAUUCAUCCACAUUGCUGCAUGUAUCAAAUAGAUCAUUCUUUUCUAUUGCUGAAAUAUAUUCCAUUGUAUAGAUAUGCCAAAUGUAUUUAUCCAUUCAUUCACCUGUUGAUAGGUAUUUGUGUUGUUUCCAGUUUGUGGCUAUUAUGAAUAAAACUUCUCUGAACAUUAAAGUACAAGCUUU